AUGAAUGCCCCUCCAGCGCUCGGGUACCCGCCCGGCGUGUCGCUGGCGCCGCGAGACCAGGUGUCACCGACAGCCUCCAACUUUGGCUCUAAUAACCCCUUUCGCAACCGUGCCUUGUCUCCCUCGGCCGGCUCAACUACCUCCAACACUCGCCCUGAACGCCCGCGCUCAACGAAUCCCUUUUUAGACGACGCAGAAACGUUGUCACCGCAAUCCGCCCCUGGAAUGUCAACGGGCCCGAUUAUGUUUUCUCCGACCGAGAAACAAGACAUGACCAGCAACACCCGCGACCUUUUUGAGAACCUCUCAAUCAAACCCACUCCCGCAGCCCCUUCCCCUCAAUCGAACGGCACUCGUCCAGCCCCGAACGGUACUCCCCGUGGACCCUCCAGCCGGCCCCGACCCCCCAGAGAGCGCCCGGACCGACGGCCUGCGGAGGCCCGGUCAAAGGACCCCUUUGAUAUCUUUGCCGAUCCCCCAAAUCAGUCCAAGGGCCCGACGUCGGGCUCCCGCGAGCACACCUCCUCCCGCCGACCUCGUCGCAAUUCCGAGUCUUCAGUGAUGGAUCGAGCUUCGAAGCUAUUUGAUGACGACGACGAGAAACGCCGACGUGAACGACGCCAUCGUGAACGAGAGGCCCGUCACCGGGAUGGCAAGCCUCGCUCGUCCCGCAAGGACCGCCGAUUGGAUAUUAUUGACAAGCUGGAUGGGACGAGCAUUUACGGAACUGGAAUGUUCCACCAUGAUGGUCCAUUUGACGCCUGCAAUCCCCACCGCAACCGAAAGGGCUCGCGCACAGCGCCAAUGAAGGCAUUCCCCAAGGGCUCUAGCAACAUGGCCUUGGGCGGUGCAGGGCCCAAUAACUCAAACAUUGACCUCAACCUUUUCCACGGCAGAAUGGAGGAAGCCCACAACGAUUUCUCCCACACGGUGGUUCAACGCACCGGUACCGAGACGGUCGCCUUCGACCCGGGUGCGCGUAUCGACCCAGUUCACGGCGCGGAGAGCAUGGGUCUUGGCACGAGCACUUUCUUGGAUGGCGCGCCUGCCAGUCGCUCCGCCAUUGCACGUCGCCAAAGUGAGAAUGAUGACUCGGGGGCUGGGGGCCUCCAGCGCAAGAAGAGUCUGGCGCAGCGAUUGCGCGGGAAGAGUGGGACCGGCCGUCUUAUGCUUUCCUCCCCUACCCGGCACGACUUCCCCUCUUCUAAUCAAGUUCCCAUGGGUUCGAGCCACUCCGCAUCCUCACGGGGUGGUGAGAAGAACCCAUUCUUCCAGGACUACGACGAGGAGUACGAUAAGAAGGCCGCGCGGAUCCAGGAGGCGCGACUGGAGGGUGGAGGCCGGACGCGCUCUUCCAGUAGCCCGAAGCAAUCGACAAACCUGGAGCGCAAGGCGACCAAUGAUCGCGGCUACGAUGAGACAAAGUUGAGUGCAGGUGGUGGCGGCUUUUUGAACCGAAUGAAGAGCUUGCGCAAGCCGCGGCCCGAGCGUCGGACCAGCGACUGA